AUGGUCCUUUCAGGCUUUCGCUUUUUGGCCCUGCUCAGCUUGGCAAGUGCUGACCGUCACGAUGUGCAGCAACAGCGCGAAGCCGAGCGCGAAGGAGAGCAGGCGCAGGUUGUUCCGCGUCCGAUCAGCCGCGCACUGCAAGCGGCGCAGAGGAAAGCACAAGCGAACCUUGACGCCUUCGUGAAAGCCGAAGCUGCUGCCAAUGUCGCGAAGGUCAAGCAAGAGGAGGCUGCCUCAGAACGAAUGUCGAAGAUGGAGGAGAAGAAGGCUAAGACGAUCGCAAGUCAGGCUCAGGUCGAGAGGAGCCGCCAGGCAAUGGCUGAUGCGGAGAAGGCGGCGGCUCAGCAUAUGGCCAACACCAGUGAAUUCGAGGACGCACUGGCGCAGUGGAACGCCCUCAGUCAAGAAGUGGAGGGAAUGGAGAUGAAUGUCACCAUGAAGGAAGAAGCGAUGGCGGCAACUCUUGCGCAAAUGAAGAAGCACCUUGAAGCUCUGAAAGACGCGCUGGAUGGCAAGAAAAGAGACCGAGACGCGGCCGAGCAGAGCAUGAUGGAAAAGAAGAGUGUGGUGCUUUCCGCCAACAAGUUGAAGGCCGAUGCGGCGGAGGAUGCAGCCAAGGCUGAGCAGGCGGCGCAACAGCUGCAGAAGGAGCUCCUUGCCGUCCGUUACGGCAAUCACGGGCACUUAGCCCUCAGCAUGGCAUCUUUUGGACCGCCGCUGCUGUGUUCCGGUUAUGCCCUGCUCAACGACAAGGCCUUCCUUCGUCAGAACGGUGGGGCUUGGCGGCUUGAUAAGCAAGGAAUCGAUUUUCCAAGUCUCAAUGUCAAGUGA